UUCUUCUUAUCGAAGAUCUUCUUAUAGUGUGCUAGAUUAUUCUGCUAAACGAGAUAAACUUUCAAUAUUGAUUAAUUUAUACCAUGUUUGGGGAUAGAAACUAAGUAUGUCACGCAUCCCCAACAAACUAACACCACGGCGUCGAAAGAAAUGGUCGCCAUCAGUCAUCAGAGUAGGCGCAUAAUCUUCAUUUCUGCAGUGCUAUCCCGUUGACAAUCAUCGAGCUUGUCCCAUUUUCAACCGAGCUUCAUUCCCCGCUGUGUUUCAAUACAUAUCGGUCAUAAGCAAACGGUGCUUUUGAUCAGGUUCAAGGAUAGUAAUAGUUAUUCAAGUUUAAAGUUGCCGGAUUAAUCGUGUCCCAUCAAUGUCGGCUGAAGCAGCAGGACGUACGGAUCACGAAACCCCUGUGGAUGCUGUGUUCGAAAAGGGGGCCAUUUGUAAAGAUGAAAAUGAAAACAUGAAGCUCUGCUAUGGGGAAGCGUCAUUAAAUGACGGGUUUUCACAGAGUUACAUGAAAACUCUCACCUCACUUUCGUUGAACACUGCGAUACGUGGACCAAAGUUUUACUGCUACGAAUGCGAUUACUAUCUACAUACGCUGCUUAGUAUGACCACACAUAUGAAGAUGCACCGUAAACCGUUCUGUCCAAUAUGUUUCCGAAUGUUUCGGGACGAAACCGUAGUGGACGCCCAUAUUGCUGAAAUACAUUCAACGCUUUUCCCGAAUGGUAUUGUACGUCCGCUUUUUCGUUUGGGUGAAGCAGGUGAAACAGAAGUGCCUCCUAACUCUCCCACUCAAGAGUACAGAGCAAGGUCAAUCCAGAAUAAUGGAUUAGGAACCAUAAACAGUACCUCGAUUUCUUUGCUGAUCGUAGAAAAAUUGCGCCAACACCAGAAAAAAUUAAAUCUCAGUGUAGAAUCGAAGCGACAUAUGAAAACUCCACAUCAACACGAACCGGUAGAUGAACCAGUAUCUCGCAAAACGAGGAAAACUCGCAACUACCGUAAGGAAAGAGAACGUUUGAUAUCGAUCUCUGGAGCAACUGGAAAGGUGCAGAAAGGCACUAAGCCGAAACUGGCCACAUCAAGGAUUUCGGAUGCUAAUAGUGCUGAAGACACUGCCGAAACAUCACUAAAACGGCUCACAUCGCGCUUUGGGCGCGUCAUUAGUCUUAAGGUUCCGCAAUUUUAAGCCGACCGCACAACAGGGGCUACCGUGGCAGGACCAUAAUGUAGUAAUUAUAAUAUCUACCUACAAUAUCUUAGAAUGAAA